AUGUCCCAGCUACUGCAUCCCGCUGAGCCCGCUCGGCGCCACUUUGCACCGACGACCUCGUCCUCCUCUGCUACUGCUUCUACUGCUUCUACUGCUUCUGCAUUCGCUCUGAUCGACGAUGACGAUGGCGGCGGUGGUGCGGACGACGAUGAGGAUGGCCGCCGUGGCGCAGCGGUCGCAUCGCAACUCCGACAGCAGAGCACUGGUCACGCCCGUCCAGUCCGCUCUGGCACCAACACCAACACCACGGCCACGACCACUGCCAACACACAUGCCAACACCAGCACUGCUUCGUAUCCUGCAACAGCAGCUCUGCGAGCAGCGGCGGCGUCGUCGUCGUCCUUGUCGUCGCCGUCCUCUUCGUCGUUGCUCGCUGCGACCUCUUCCUCCUAUUCGGCCUCGCCUUCGUCCUCGUCCUUGGCUUCGUCCUCGUUGGCAGCAUCGCCUCAAGUAGCAUCAUCCUUGCUGUCGCCUGGCUCUGUUGGCGGUGGCGCUGUCGUCGUCGUGACUCGCCCAGCAGCUGCAGCGGUAUCCUCGUCGUCGUCCUCCGAAGCCGAGUCUUCAUUGUCCGAGCUUACCACUGCAUUAGCGUCGAACGGAGCACUGAUGCAAGAGCAACAACAAGCUCAAGAGCAA